CAGCCCCGUGUCUCCGUGUCUCUGCUGCAGCCCCGUGUCUCCUGCCUCUGUCCCUUAUCAUCAGCUACUGCCAGCUUCACCACACCUCCUCCUCGACCUUUGCUCCGGGCUUGUUUUUCCCUCUGGACCGGGGAACCUCGGGCUCACUUUCACUUGCUGCCUGUCCUUUCCAAGAGCCUCAGCAUGUGCACGGGAAAGUGCGCCCGCUUCGUGGGGCUCUCCCUCAUCCCCCUCUCCCUGAUCUGCAUUGUGGCCAACGCCCUCCUGCUAGUGCCCAACGGUCAGACCACCUGGAUCAAGGACUGCCUCAGCUUGCAAGUCUGGCUCAUGGCUGGCUUCAUCGGCGGGGGCCUGAUGGUACUGUGUCCAGGAAUUUCCGCCGUCCGGGCAGGGGGCAAAGGCUGUUGUGGUGCAGGCUGCUGUGGGAAUCGCUGCAGGAUGCUGCGAUCGGUCUUCUGCUCGGCGUUCGGGAUGCUUGGUGCCAUCUACUGCCUCUCGGUAUCAGGAGCCGGGCUCCGAAUUGGACCACGAUGCUUAAUGCACGGCUCCUGGGACUACCACUUCCAACACACCGCAGGCUCCUACCUGCUCAACCGCACUCAGUGGAGCUCGUGCGUGGAGCCGCCUGGUGUGGUCUACUGGAACGUGACACUCUUCUCGCUGCUGGUGGCCGCCUCGUGCCUGGAGAUUUUGCUGUGUGGGGUGCAGCUGGUGAACGCGUCCAUUGGUGUCUUCUGCGGCGAUUGUCGGAAGAAGGAGGUGGGACUGUGUGGGAUGGAGCUGUCGAGAAAAUCUAUUUGCUCCCUGACUAAGUCCUCACUUUUUUUCCGCAGGGCGCCCCUCACUGAGGCUCCACGGACCUGGUCCGUCGCUCCUGGACACCCGCCUGGCCCGCCCACGCCCUGGAAUAAACUAUUUAGAGCUCUCUUCCGCGUCUCAGAUUGUGCCCUUUACAAGGAGUGUCCGAAGGUCUCCAUAUACACCGUGGCUUGGGGCUCUCGUGUUUGGGACCCUUGCACCCCGCUUGUUAUUUCCUUAAUAAAUAGUUAUUGAACUAUUA